AUGGCCACCCCUUCGCUGGGCGCAGGCCAAGUCGCCUCGGCCGUCAAUGGCCAGGUCGCCCUCUUCCCUCCCGCGACUAGCCCUCCUCUGGGUCAAGAGGACAGCACCGAGAUGGUUCUCGAACUCGCCGACGGCUCCGCUUACCGAGGUAUCAGCUUCGGUGCCGAAGGCAAGUCCGUCUCGGGUGAAUGUGUCUUCCAGACUGGUAUGGUCGGCUACGUCGAGUCCAUCACCGACCCUUCCUACGAGGGUCAGAUCCUCGUCCUCACUUUCCCUCUUGCCGGCAACUACGGUGUUCCUAGCCGAGAGGAGGCUGCGCAGAGCAUCCAGAAGCUCCUCGCCUCUCCUUUCGAAUCGAGCCGCAUUCACGUGGCCGGUCUCGUCGUGUCGUACUACAGCCACGAGUUCAGCCACUACCUCGCCCAGACCGGUCUCUCGGACUGGCUCAAGGAGAGCGGCGUCCCCGCUAUCUACGGCAUCGACACCCGAGCCCUGACCAAGAAGAUUCGCAACCAGGGUAGCAUGCUCGGCAAGAUGCUCAUGCCUCAGUCUGGCGCCUCCAUCGCUGAUGCCGCUGCUGCCGGCGAUUGGCGCAAAGCCGUGGUCGACCUUCCUUUCGCCGACCCCAACGCUGAGAACCUGGUCGCCCGUGUCUCUUCCAAGAAGCCUCAGCUCUACACGCCUGCCAACACCGCUUCCGGCGAGUCGCUCGGCAAAUACGAGGCUCCCCUCGUCCACCCUUCCGGCCGUCCCAUCCGCGUCCUCGCCCUUGACGUCGGUAUGAAGUACAACCAGAUCCGAUGCUUCACCUCGCGUGGUGUCGAGCUCAAGGUUGUCCCUUGGGACUACGACUUCCUCGCCGAGGCCGAGUCCUUCGACGGUCUCUUCAUCUCCAACGGUCCCGGUGACCCCGUCUCGUGCGGCCCCACCAUCGCUCGCAUCCGUGAACUUCUCAAGCUCAAGGGUGCCAACAUGAUCCCGAUCUUCGGUAUCUGUCUCGGCCACCAGCUCCUCGCCCUCGCUGCCGGUGCCCAGACCGAGAAGCUCAAGUUUGGUAACCGUGGUCACAACAUCCCCUGUACCGACCAGAUCAGCGGUCGAUGCUACAUCACCUCCCAGAACCACGGCUACGCUGUCAACGCCGACACGCUCCCUGCCGGAUGGAAGCCGCUCUUUGCCAACGCCAACGACGACACGAACGAGGGUAUCUACUGCACCGAAGGCCCCUUCUUCAGUGUCCAGUUCCACCCCGAGAGCACGCCCGGUCCUCGCGACACCGAGUUCCUGUUCGAUGUCUUCAUUCGCAGUGUCGUUGACUGCGCUGCCGUCAAGGCGGCCCCUGGCGUUACUCCAGCCACCAUCCUGCCCCCUGUUGCCUUCACCGGUGGUCUGCUUGCCGACAACGCUGCUGCCGUUCCCCGUGUCCACGUGCGCAAGGUGCUCGUGCUCGGCUCCGGCGGUCUCAGUAUCGGUCAGGCCGGUGAAUUCGACUACUCGGGCUCGCAGGCUAUCAAGGCGCUCAAGGAGGAAGGCAUCUACACCGUCCUCAUCAACCCCAACAUUGCUACCAUCCAGACCUCAUCUGGUCUCGCCGACAAGGUCUACUUCCUUCCCGUCACCCCAGAGUUCGUGCUCAAGGUCAUCGAGCACGAGCGACCCGACGGUAUCUACUGCACCUUCGGCGGUCAGACCGCGCUCAACGUCGGUAUCAAGAUCAAGGACGAGCUGCCCAAGUUGGGCGUCAGGGUCCUUGGUACUCCCAUCGAGACCAUCAUCACCACAGAAGACCGUGACCUCUUCGCGAGGGCCAUGGAGGAGAUCGGAGAGAAGUGCGCUCCUUCCGCGGCAGCCAACAACUGGGACGAGGCCCUGGCCGCUGCUCAGUCCAUCGGUUUCCCCGUUAUCGUGCGUGCUGCUUUCGCUCUCGGUGGUCUUGGUUCGGGUUUCGCCAACAACGUCGACGAGCUUCGCAAGCUCUGCUCCGCUGCCUUUGCCAACUCCCCACAAGUCCUGGUCGAAAAGUCGAUGAAGGGCUGGAAGGAGGUCGAGUACGAGGUCGUUCGUGAUUGCCGAAACAACUGCAUCACCGUCUGCAACAUGGAGAACUUUGACCCUCUGGGUGUCCACACGGGUGACUCGAUCGUCAUUGCUCCCUCGCAGACGCUCAGCGACGACGACUACAACAUGCUCCGAACUACCGCCGUCAACGUCAUUCGUCACCUCGGUGUCGUCGGUGAAUGCAACAUUCAGUACGCUCUCAACCCUCACAAGCGCGAAUACUGCAUCAUCGAGGUCAACGCUCGUCUGUCGCGAUCCUCGGCGCUCGCGUCCAAGGCCACCGGAUACCCGCUCGCCUUCAUCGCUGCCAAGCUGGGUCUCAACAUCCCCCUCAACGAGAUCCGCAACAGUGUGACGCGCGAGACCAGCGCCUGCUUCGAGCCUUCGCUCGACUACGUCGUGGUCAAGUUCCCUCGAUGGGAUCUGCGCAAAUUUGUCCGCGUCAGCAGCAAGCUUGGCUCUUCGAUGAAGAGUGUCGGUGAAGUCAUGAGCAUCGGCCGAACCUUCGAAGAAUCGAUCCAGAAGGCGAUUCGAUCCAUCGACUAUGCUCACGAUGGAUUCAGCCAGAACGAUGUUGUGCCGGACGAGGACAUUGACGAGGAGCUCAUCAACCCCACCGACAAGCGCAUGUUUGCCAUCGCCAAUGCCAUGGCCAAGGGCUACACGGUGGACCAAAUUCAUCAGAUGAGCAACAUCGAUCGAUGGUUCCUCAGCAAGCUCAUGCGCAUUAUGAACGCGCACAAGGUGUUUGCCACCCACAACGCUGCCAGCUUCCCGCCUUCCAUGCUUCGUCAGGCCAAGCAGCUCGGUUUCUCGGACAAGCAAUUGGCCAAGGCGCUCAACUCGACCGAGCUGGCCGUCCGCAGGAUGCGUCAGGAGCAUGCCAUCAUGCCCUUCGUCAAGCAGAUCGACACGGUCGCCGCCGAGUUCCCGGCGUACACCAACUACCUCUACACCACUUACAACGCUGUCGAGCACGACGUCAACUUCAGCGACAAGGGUGUCAUGGUACUGGGCUCCGGUGUCUACCGCAUCGGUUCGUCCGUCGAAUUCGACUGGUGUGCUGUACGAGCCAUCCGAACCCUCCGACAGCGCGGCUUCAAGACGAUCAUGGUUAACUACAACCCCGAGACCGUCUCGACCGACUACGACGAGGCCGACCGUCUCUACUUUGAGAACAUCUCGCUCGAGACGGUGCUCGACAUCUACGACACGGAGCAGUCCUCGGGUGUCAUCAUGUCGAUGGGUGGUCAGACCCCCAACAACAUUGCGCUGCCGCUCCACCGUCAGAACGUCAAGAUCCUCGGCACCUCGCCCGAGAUGAUCGACAUGGCCGAAAACCGAUACAAGUUCUCGCGCAUGCUCGACAAGAUCGGCGUCGACCAGCCCAUGUGGAAGGAGCUCACCAGCUUCGAGGAGGCUCAGUCCGCCUGUGCCCGUUUCGGCUACCCUGUCCUGGUGCGUCCCUCUUACGUUCUCAGUGGUGCCGCCAUGAACGUGGUCUACUCGCCCGAGGACCUCAACAGCUACCUGUCGCAGGCCGCCGCCAUCAACCGCGAACACCCUGUCGUCAUCACCAAGUACCUCGAGGGUGCCAAGGAGAUCGAGAUGGACGCUGUCGCCAAGGAUGGCAAGAUGAUGAUGCACUACAUCUCGGAGCACGUCGAGAACGCCGGUGUUCACUCGGGUGAUGCUACCCUGAUCCUGCCUCCUCAGGACCUGGACCCGGAGACUGUUCGUCGCAUCGAGGUCGCCACGGCCAAGAUUGGUGCUUCGCUCCACAUCACUGGUCCUUUCAACAUUCAGUUCAUCGCCAAAGACAACGACAUCAAGGUCAUCGAGUGCAAUGUCCGAGCUUCGCGAUCCUUCCCCUUCGUCAGCAAGGUCACCGGUGUCGAUGCCAUCCAGAUGGCCACCGACUUGAUGCUCGACCUGCCCGUCGAGCCGUACCCCACCGUGGACUUGCCCCGCGACUACGUCGGUGUCAAGGUGCCUCAAUUUAGUUUCAGCCGUCUUGCUGGUGCUGACCCCAUCCUCGGUGUCGAGAUGGCCUCGACCGGUGAGGUGGCCUGUUUCGGUCGCAACAAGUACGAGGCCUACCUCAAGGCUAUGAUUGCUUCCGGCAUCCGUCUUCCUACCAAGAACGUCUUGCUCAGUAUCGGAUCCUACAGCGAGAAGCAGGAGCUGCUGUCCUCUGUCCGCACCCUGCACCAGCUAGGCUUCACCCUGUACGGUUCUUCCGGCUCGGCCGACUUCUACUCGGAGCAGGGCAUCCCCGUCAUCCACCUCGAGGCGCUUCCCGAGGACGACGAGUCCACGUUCGAGGACCCCGCCAAGGCAUCGUACUCGCUGCUGACGCACUUGACCCAGGGUCUGUCGUCGCUCUUCAUCUCGCUGCCAAGCAAGAACAAAUACCGACGACCCGUGUCGUUCACCUCGAUGGGCUACCGUGCCCGUCGAUUGGCGAUCGACCGCUCCAUCCCGCUCAUCACCAACGUCAAGAACGCCAAGCUGUUCGUCGAGGCUCUUGCUCGUCACCGCAAAGCCGGCUCGAGCUUCGACAUUUCGCCUGUCGACUUCAAGACAAGCCACACUGCCUUCACUCUGCCUGGUCUCAUCAACGUCAACGCCUUCGUGCCCAGCAUCGCUGAUGGCAAGGUGAGCGCGGACGAGCUUGCUGCCAUUACCCGCGCUUCGAUUGCUGGUGGUUUCACCAUCGUCCAGGUGAUGCCCGCUGGUGUUUCGUCGAGCGUCGUCGAUGCCGCAUCGCUCGCCGCUGCCGAGUCCAAGAUCGCUGGUGGUGCUCACUGCGACGUCUCGCUCGGUGUUUCUGCUACUGCCGACAACCACGAGUCGAUUGACCAGCUUGCCGACAGUGCUCGCUCGCUCCUCAUCUCGUUCAACGGCCUGGGUUCCAACGUGAGCAAGGCUGCGACCAUCGCCUCUCACUUUGCUUCGUGGCCUGCGGACCGACCCAUCGUCACUGACGCUCGCAACACCGACCUCGCCUCGGUGCUCUUGCUGGCUAGCCUGAACAACCGCUCGAUCCACGUCACCAACGUGCUUUCGCGCGACGACAUCCAGCUCAUCGCCCUGGGUAAGGCCAAGGGUCUGCAGGUGACGUGCGAUGUCGCUGUCUACGCGCUCUUCUUCACCACCGAGAUGUACCCGCAGGCCACGUGCCUGCCCUCGGCUGCUGACCAGAAGGUGCUGUGGGAGCACCUCGAUGACAUUGACAUGUUCUCGAUUGGCAGCACUCCAUACCAGCUCGCCAAGGAGAUCGGCGAGGUGCCCGCUCCUCAGUCAGGUAUUGAGGAGACCCUCUUGCUGCUCCUCGACGCCGUCAACGAGCACCGACUGACCCUGGACGACAUUCUGUUGAGGCUGUACACCAAGCCCAAGGAGAUCUUUGGCGUUCAGGCUCAAGCCAACACACAGGUCGAGAUCGAGAUUGACCGACCGACCGCCUUUGUUCGCCGCGACUACUGGUCGCCGCUCGAGUCGCGCGCUACGGUGGGCUCGAUCAACCGUGUCACGCUCAAGGGCAAGACCGUGUUCGUCGAUGGCGAGGUUCUCUCAGAUGUUUCGCUCGGCAGCAACGUCAGCAGCGUCGCCACCGUCGCCAAGCAGGCCAAGUCGUCGGGUCGACGCGUCUCGUUCUCUGCCGCCACCGCUGGUGCCGCUUCUGGCUCAGGCGUGACCGCGGCUCAGGACGCUCCCACUUCGCCAACGCCCCUGUCGCUCGGUCUCAAGUCCCCUGUUCUGGGAUCCACGGAGCCAGGCCAGCCUCGCAGCGGCAGCUUGAUGGCUGCUUUCGCCAACGAGUCGACAGCCCUGACGGUGGCACCUGCUCCCUCGAUCCGCUCGGUGCUCUACCACCCCACCUUUGCACGACGACACAUUCUGUCGGUCAAGAGCUUCACGCGUGAAGACCUGCAUGCCCUCUUCUCGGUGGCCACCGAGAUGCGCGUCAUGGUCGAGCGACAGGGCUCGGUCGAUGUGCUGCGCGGCCGCGUGCUCGCGACGCUCUUCUACGAGGAGUCGACGCGAACGUCGUGCUCCUUCGAGGCAGCCAUGCUGCGACUGGGCGGUCAAGUUGUCAAAGUGCAGCCCGAAAAGUCGUCGGUGCAGAAGGGCGAGUCGAUCCCGGACACGAUCCGCACGCUCGGUUGCUAUGCCGACGCUGUGGUGAUGCGCCACCCUGCCGCUGGCAGCGUCCACCUGGCUGCCAAGCACUCUCCCGUUCCCGUCAUCUCGGGCGGCGAGUCGUCGAUCGAGCACCCGACUCAGGCGCUGCUCGACACGUUCGCCAUCCGAGAAGAGAUGGGCACGGUCGCCGGUCUCACCAUCACCAUGGUGGGUGACCUCAAGUACGGUCGCACCGUGCACAGUCUCGUGCAGCUGCUGUGCCUGUACGGUGUCACGGUCAACUACGUCAGCCCUGAAUCGCUCAAGAUGCCCGAAGACGUCAAGCAAGCGGUUGCUCGCAAGGGCAUCAAGCAGUACGAGUCGACGGUGCUCACGGACGACAUUCUGGCGCGCACCGACGUGCUGUACGUGACGCGUGUGCAGAAGGAGCGCUUCCCGGACUUGGCUUCGUACGAGGCGGUCAAGGACAGCUACGUGGUGGACAACGCCACGCUGGCCAAGUGCAAGUCGAGCACGAUCGUCCUGCACCCAUUGCCCAAGAAUAACGAGCUGGCCGACGAUCUGGAGUACGACCCUCGCGCGGCUUGGUGGCGACAGGUCAAGUACGGUCUGUACCUGCGCAUGGCUCUGCUUGCCAUGGUGCUGCACCACCGUGCAUAG